AAGAAUCCCAAGAUUGGAGAUUACAACUUAGUUCAUAGCUUUCUUGGUGCUAUGGAGAAUCCAAUUAAGACCAACAAGCUAUGGAGUGGACUAGAUGAGGAUGAUUUGGCUGAUGCUAUCGAUGCGCUUGAAACGAUGAUCUUGAGAGACGCAAGGGUCUAUCCCACAAUUUUGAAGAACAUGAGCAAAGAUUGGAAGGAAAAAGAUGAAAGGUUGCGGAAGAAGAUGUGGUGCCUGCAAUUUGUACAACCUUGGCACCUUGACAUACGCAAGUGCCAUUAUACACAUCCAGCGUUGAUUUUUGCCAGACAAAUGAUUUGCCAAUUGCUCAAGGUACAAUCUCCACAAGAAAUGCUUGAGUGUGUGUAUCAGUCUGCGAGGAUGAUUUUCCGGAUGCUGAAUGAGACAGCCAUCUUGACGGGUGGAUCAGCUGCUUCAGCGGACGAGUUCUUGCCGAUCUUCAUCAUCUGCGUCCUCAAGGCUCAGCCACGGAAUGUAUACAGUAUGCUGGAAUACAUCUCGCACUUCAGGAAUCCAAAACGCUUCGGCGGCGAGCGCCAGUACUUCUUGGUUCAACUGCAAACAGCUGUGACUUUCAUCGACAACUUGACUGCAAGCUCUCUCUCAAUGGACGCGGACGAAUUCCAUCGGAAGCUCAAGUCGAAGGAGGCAGCCUGGGAGUCGAAGCAGAACAUCGCAGCAGAUAGUUCAGCGUCGCACUCGUAGCAAGUGAUUGCCAGCUACAGCGACUAGCGACAAUUUAGCUAUCUUGAGUGCCGUCACAAGUUAACAGACGCAUAUUGAAGAAUUAUCGG